AUGUUGCCUUCGCUAGAGACUUCCUUCUUUCUUCCCUGCAAAGACUUGAGAGGGGAUAAGAGGAAAGGAAGGCAUCGCUGCCAUGGCGUUGUUACAGGCUUCCUUCUUCCUCCUUCUGGCCUUGAUGGCUCGUACUAUACUUCCAAAGGAACACUGGCGACUCUCAGGCAGAUCAAUGCUCGCGGUCCUUUCAUCAGCAUCAUCGUUCCGAACGCUUUUGAGAUGAAUCCCCUCCUCAAUUCCUCCAGCUUCAAGGCAAACACGCUUAGGUACCUCGACAUUUCUGGCAGAAGGUUUAGGUUUGGCACAGUGGAAGGGAAAAAAGUGAUUAUAGUUAUGACAGGAUUAAGCACGGUGAAUGCAGGCAUAACAACUCAAUUGUUACUGACUCUGUUCAAAGUUAAAGGAGUGGUGCAUUAUGGGAUAGCAGGAAAUGCAAACUCAGCCUUAGAGAUUGGAGAUGUAACCAUUCCCCAGUAUUGGGCUCAUACUGGCCUUUGGAAUUGGCAGGUAGAAGCAGGUCGUCGGAGGAAAAGGGACAGCGAACGAUGA